CAGAAUACUCUGCAAGAUGUCAACCUUUACAGCCUGGCAGGCUGAUCUGUUCCUUCUGGAGCAUUGGCAAGAAGACUCGCCGCUAUCCGCUGAUGCCCAACGCGAGGAAAUCUUCGCUCAAUAUGUGGCACUCGGAGUCUACGGUCGCGAGCCGUAUCGAAACCAGCAGCGAAGACUAGAGAAGAGGUCUGUUCGAGGCCUUCCAGUACCUAGUCAAGAGCUAUUGGAUCGUAUCCGCCUACCUGCUGAGCGUGGCUUGAACGAGGAUCCUUGUUGGCUCCGCACCUGCUACGGCCCUUCUACAGAAGGCUCGUGGGCCCGGAUUCAGGAUUACAUCGAUACCAAGGUCGUCGGCUCAGCUACAGUUUUCAACGACUCAUCUUCGUAUAACUUUGGUUCCAACUGGGAGAAGAUUUUUCUUCGUGCCCCACAGCUACUGGAUAAUACUUGUUUGUUCGAAGAAUACGAAGAGAAUGUCCAGGAGGCCCUAGAAGAGGGAAUUGAAUCCGACGAGACGGAUCCCCAGCGUGCCGAGGAAAGCGGCUAUGACCCAGAGGAGGAUGGCAACCCUUGGAUUUGCUUUUAUUCGGAGUACCUCUUCCGUUUAGCGGCGGGACACAUCUACAUCGUUGAUGAAAAAACGUUGGCCUCCGAAGGCCCUGACGCAGGGACUGUCCUCAUCAUCUGGUACGACGAGUGUGGACGAGCAAUCCGUCACUAUCGCGAGAAAGCGAUGCACGCAGCCGAAAUUGCGAAUCUCGACCCUUGUUGUCUCAAGGAACGUGCGUGCUGGAAUAAUGCGGAGAUUGGCGAAUCCUAUAAGUGGGGUGCACCCUUAGGGCCUCCCUAUAGCUUGAACGAAAACCGCGGAGAAACCUCUCAGUAG